GAGCUUCCUGAACCUGUCCAUCUUUGACGUCAUCUGCGUGUUUGUUGUUGUAUAAUUGUUUAUUUAUAUUUAAACUGGCUCCAUAGUGAUAGUUUAAAUUAAAACACUGCUUGUUCGCCGAUAAACAUCGUCUCGAUUAUCAGCACUCUACAACUUCUGACACAACUGAACUCUACAACUUCUGACACAACUGAACUCUACAUCUUCCGAAGACACGAUGGCUGUAAGAGGAUUUCUACCGGACCUGAAGAGCUGGACUGUAGGUGAGAUCGCUCGUGCUGCGGGUCUCGUCGCUUUCUCUGCCGGUGCGGGUUACUGCAUUUACCGCAGCCUACGGAGAGAAAGAGCUCCUCCGGACCGCACUCAGCCUUCUCACGAGCCUGUGGACGUGCUGAGGGAAUCAUUGGAUACUCCCUCUCUCCUCCAGGUCGUUGAGCCAAUUCUGCAACUGCCGCCCACCGAACCUCAAGACGAACCUUCAGCCGUCAUUCUGCCGCUCGAUGCUGGUGAACCGAACAGCGCUUGCUGCGAUGUUCAGUUCGUGUCUGCAGAUUCCUCAUCCUCCCAGUCUGAGCCAGUGGACAUCAGGAGAGUCAUCCCCGGAAUGAUAAGGGGUCCAGAGAGUCGGCUCUGCGGGCUCGAAACCGUAGAGACGCACCACUCGAUUCACAAAGUUGUUGAGCCACAUCUUCAUUUGCUGCCCAACGAACAACAAGAAGACCCAUCAGCUGUUCUUCUGCCACUCGAUGCUGGUGAGCUGAUCAGCGCUUGCCGAAACAUUCAGUUCCUCUCUGCAGACACCUCCAUCUCCCAGUCUGAGUCAGUGAACAUCAGGACAUACCUCUUGUGGAUGAUAAGGGGCCCAGAGUGUCGUCUUUGCUGGUUUACAACCACAAAGACACAAUCCAUCAAUCACAUGGGAUUCCCUUAUCAUACCACCACAGAGGAUUGUUUCACUGGCAUACAGGUUGAAUCUGGGAGGGUUACAGAAUUUAUUUCCUGUAACCGAGUGGAGACCGACAUCAUCGUGCCAGGUUUUUAUUAUGUGCAAACCAUUAAACAGGUGACCUGCACUUACCUGUUUGUGGGUAAAGAUGGGCAAAUGGACACCUCCACUUGGGAGAAGGAAGAGGUUCCCGUUCCAUAUGCGGAGAGUGACGAGAGCUUUAACCCAGAGGAGAUGGAGGUGCCCUUUAUUUGCUGCCAUCUUUCAGACAGAGGGGUUACUGAUGUCGGCCUGAAGCUGCCCGCUCUCCGUGAGGCGUUCGCUACCCUGCUUGCCAGCAUCCACAACCAGAACUUCCUGUUCCUGGUGGGAAAGAAGAUCGUCAUGCGUCUGGCAGCGGCUAACAUCCAGGACGUGGUUGGGGUGAAGUUGGCCUACGAGGCCUUGAUUCGAUUCCUGAGGACGCCUUCUCAUCAGGAUUCGAUUGAGGCAGAGAUCUCCUCCUGUGUCCCCCACUACAACUUCCUGGAUGUUUUUUUUGAGCUGAUUCUGUUCCGCCAUUUCAGAAGUGGCUCAACACUUGAGACAUUUAAUGGAGGAUUCUUGGAGCGCCUGCUCGAGCUCAUCAGCAUGUGGGAUGUGGACGUGUGGGAGCCUGCAGCAGAGCUGUACUUCACAGUGCUUAUCGAUCACCUAACACAGCUUGCUGAAGUACUGUUCUCUCAGCCUCUGGAGCUGUACAGUGACCCAGCAGCCUUAGCCACCACGGUUCAGCAUCUUCUCAAGAAGCACGUCCAGCAGAUGAUGGACACUUUGGAGAAGCUCUGAGCAAUGUCUUUUGUUUAUCGCUUUAUAUUUUCUUCUUCUGAUUCGUUUUAUGUUCGUUCUUUUCCCUCACUUCUUUCCCUACAUUGCUCAAGCUCUCCACAGGUAAGUAUGAAUUCAUUUUAUUUCUGUUUUUGAUUAAGAUUUUAAAAAUCACUUUUCUUUCCUAUAGGUUUGUACAGUCAACCCCAGGACUGAAGACGGGCUUAA